AGAACAUAUUCAAGAAUAUGCUGUUAUCGAAGACCUCUUAUAUAUAUUGACGGGUAUCAGAGGUACUUUUAUCAAAUUUGAAUAUCCAUCAGCAGUUGCUGAUUUGGAUGAUGAUCCAAUGGGAGAUUUAGAUUCUAUUGGAAGUACCAAUUCAUGGGAUACAAUCAAAUAUGAAAUAGAUUCAACUCUCGAUCCUAGUCUUCGACAUAUGGUGGAAAAAUUACUUCCUCUCGCUACUUAUUACAUGUCUGUGGAUGCAUUUGUGGAACAAUUUGCUCGAUUUGAAUAUGGCACAGUGAAUCAUGCUCUUUGUUCCGCCAUGCGCGUAUUUUUGAAAGAAUAUAUCAAUUUUGUUGCCCAGCUUGAACAUCAAUUCCAAACUUCCAAUCAAUUUACCCUACAUCGAUUCUGGUUUUAUGCUCAAGACACCUUACAACAAAUGAAGAUUUUACAUCAAUUGGCAACAGCAAUUCGUGGACUUGGACAACGACAAUCAAUGAAUGACGAUGAGGAUGAUAUUGAUGCUGUUUUAGAAGGUCUAAAAUCAUCCAAUGAUGAUCCUGAUGGUAUUGUGAUUCCUGAUCGACAAAAAGGAGCAGCUAUUUUGAAUAUCUUAUCAGAACGAUUAGUCAGUCUUAGUGGGGAUCCCAAAUGCAAACAAAUUUAUUCAUUUCUAUUGUCACAGGCUUCUAUACCUUAUUUUGAUAUAUUAAAUGCUUGGAUAUACCGUGGUGAAAUCAAGGAUCCCUAUAAUGAAUUCAUGGUAUUGGAAAAACGAAAUGUGAAGAAGGAAAACAUCAAGGAGGAUUUCAAUGAUGCCUAUUGGGAAAUGCGAUAUACUGUACGGGAAGGCGAAUUUGUACCUUGUUUUCUGGAACCUCUGAAACAACAGAUCUUGCUAGCUGGGAAAUACUUGAAUGUCGUACGAGAAUGUGGUGUUAAUAUUGCCAAACCUGAAGAAAUGUUGGAUAUCAUGUCUCAAGAUCAACCACAACAACAACUUCAGUUAUCAUCAUCAUUAUCAUCUUCAUCAUUAUCAAGUUCCGGAACGCCAAAGCAGAAUCAUCAAGAACCUUUUAUAUUCCGGGGUAGUAAUGCUGGUAAAAAUACGGAUAUCUCUCAAGUUGCUGCUCGAAACGAUGUUUGGUUAGCCGUCGAUGGUGGAAAAUUUAUCAAGAAUCUUGAUAUCGCUUAUAGAUAUGCUAAUCAUACUUUAUUGAAUCUAUUAUUGAAAGAACAACAACUAACUCCUCGUCUAAGAUCUCUCAAACACUACUUCUUCUUGGAUCAAUCUGACUUCUUGACAUCCUUCUUGGAUUUGGCAAAGGAUGAAUUGAAACAACCAGCACAAGAUAUUCCUUUGGCACGUUUACAAUCUUUAUUGGAUAUUGUCUUACGAAACUCAUCUUCAGUAGCAGCAUAUGACCCAUUCAAGGAAGAAGUAGUGGUGGCACUUAGUCCAUUAAAAUUGAUUGAUCAACUCUUACGUAUUAUCAAUGUGGCAGGAAUAGAAACACCUCUUGAUAUGGUUCCUGGUGGACAAGAUGGCACUAAUAGUAUGUCCAAUUCUAUUUAUAUUCUUGAUCGGUCUCAAAGCUUAUCUGGAAGUGUGGUACUUGGCAACAACAAUUCUAAUUCAAAUGCCCCACCGAAAGAUGUCUUGAAUGGUUAUGAUGCAUUGACAUUGGAUUAUACAGUAACAUUUCCUUUAUCAUUGGUCAUAUCAAGAAAAGCACUUACCAAAUAUCAACUUCUUUUCCGUCAUUUGCUUUAUUUGAAACAUGUGGAGGAUUUAUUAUGCAAAACUUGGAUGGAUCAAAAAGGAAUGAUAUGGCGACAAUCAUCUACUUGUGCUGAAACUGAACGAUGGAAAUUCCGUGUCUAUUCACUUCGAAAUCGAAUGCUUUCCUUUGUUCGACAAUUUACUUAUUAUGUUACCAAUGAAGUUUUGGAACCUAAUUGGCGACAAUUGGAAUCUAAUCUCUCAAAGGUAUCUACUGUAGAUGAAGUAUUACAAUAUCAUUCUGACUUUCUGGAUACUUGUUUGAAAGAAUGUAUGCUUACCAAUUCCAAAUUAUUACGUGUAGGUUUACAAUAAAUUGAUGGGAUCUUGUGUCAAAUUCUCCAGUCAAGCGGAACGCUAUAGUCAGUUAUUACAAUCUAUGGAGGAUCAACGAUCAGGGUUAUUUGGUAUGCCGAAACCUGGAUUGGAUGGCAAAUCAAGCAGUACACAAUUUGAAACAGUUCAGCGAU